UUGCGGAUGGAUAAGUGCGAUAUGUUGCGUGGGCAACGGAAGACGCGGCUGCUGCUGCUGCUCGGCCUACUCAUCGCGCUCUCUUUUCUGCGCUACGCCCUCCUCAGGGCCGUCCACCAAGCACGAGCCCAAAAGUCAACUCCCGACAGCAAAGGAUGCCGCAUUUUGAGCAGAAAAUUCGGAGAAAAAGCUACAAACCGGACUCGAAUUAUUUGCAACCAAGAGCAGAAAUUUGCAAAUGGGCAAAAGUGCUGUUAUACAAAUAUUUUUGGAGUUUUUGGAGACGAUGACAGCUUCAGAUUGGGCGAUGCUUGCCGGCCGAUGGAGGAGCUGCUGGUGCCUGAGAGCGGCAUGCAGUUGAGGGGAAACGACGUGCCCGAGUUUAUUCGCGUUUCAUGCGGAUCAGACGAGAACGUGCACUUCAGACCCUUCGUCCCCUUCAAAGAUCAAGUGGAGGAAAGGUGCAACAAACUGCCAAAAAGACCGCAUCAGGUGAGCGUUUUAUUAUUUAUAAUUGACUCGAAUUCGCGUUGGGGCGCCGAGCAAGAGUUUCCCUCGACGAUGGACACUUUGAGGCGGAUGUCGGCCGUGACUUUGAAAGGCCAGAGCGUGGUCGGCGACGACGCUUUCGCGAAUUUGGUGCCGCUGCUGAUGGGCCAGGCGGUGGACGAGCUGGACGACGUUUGCGGCUGGCCCAGCCCCCGCCCCAAAAGACCGAAAUUCGACCAGUGCCCGCACCUCUGGCGGAGCUUCGCCGAGCAAGGCUUCCGAACUCUGUUUGCUGACCUUCCCACCCAAGCAGCUAUUUUUAAUUCCCAGGAGGGUGGUUUCGCGUCUCCGCCGACCGAUUACUACCCCCGUCCCUUCUUCCUGGCCGCCGAGGGGACGUCAGGAUGUGUGGGGCGUCGGACGGAGGCAUCCGUGCUGCUCAGGUACGUGCAGACCUUCGUCAGGAGGUUCGCCUCCAGCAGAUACCUGGCUGUGGUUCGAGUGGCCCGAUCAGCCCCUGACCAAGCCUUGUCUGAGGCCCUCAAGACCCUGCGUAGACGAAAGCAACUAGAAAACACCGUCCUUGUCGUCCUCACCGCCGGAGAAAUUCCUCCAAAGGGUGCAGUUGAGGAAUUUCUGCCGUUGGUUUCAAUUUCAUUUCCAGCCUGGUUUGAGUCUAAAUUUCCUGCGGCGAUGACCAACCUGAGAAAAAAUUCUGAAGACCGGCUGACGACGCCCUUCGACUUGCACCAGACCCUGAAGGACCUGGCCGAACCUUCCCGCACCCUGAAUGCCGCCCACCUAAGCCAGAGACAAGCUGAACUUUCCAAUUUAUCACCAAGGGGCGUGAGUCUGUUUUUGGAGAUUUCGGACUGGAGGAACUGCUCGGUGGCACACGUCCCUCGCAGGUGGUGCCCCUGCCUCAACCCUAAGCCUGGAUUGAUUGACUGAAUUAUCAAAGCUGCUGAUAAAGGAAACGGAAAUAAAAAUAUGUCUAUAUCGCACUUUUGA